UUAAAACCCCAUUCACAUUGAGAAAAACAGAGAGAGGAGAAGACGCUCGGCUAUCCUGCGCACCUCUCUGCUUAUCCUGCGCACCACCACCACCACCACAAUGGGGAAAGGUCGUGCACUAAGCGACGGAGUGAUAAAAAAGAUCCUCCUCUCCUACACCUACGUGGCAAUCUGGAUCUUCCUCAGCUUCACCGUCAUAGUCUACAACAAAUACAUCCUCGACAAGAAGCUUUACAACUGGCCUUACCCAAUCACACUCACCAUGAUCCACAUGGCCUUCUGCUCCUCCCUAGCCAUCAUCCUCAUCAAACUCUUCAAGAUCGUCGACCCCGUCUCCAUGUCACGCGACACCUACCUCAGAUCCGUCGUCCCCAUCGGCGCGCUCUACUCGCUCUCCCUCUGGCUCUCCAACUCCGCCUACAUCUACCUCUCCGUCUCCUUCAUCCAGAUGCUCAAGGCCCUCAUGCCCGUCGCCGUCUACUCCAUCGGAGUCUUGCUGAAGAAGGAAGCGUUCAAGUCCCGGACCAUGACCAACAUGCUCUCCAUCUCCUUCGGUGUCGCGAUCGCAGCUUACGGAGAGGCGAAGUUCGAUGUCUGGGGCGUCGUGCUUCAGCUUGGAGCCGUUGCUUUCGAAGCCACGAGGUUGGUUCUGAUUCAGAUCUUGCUUACUUCCAAAGGGAUCAAUCUCAACCCCAUCACUUCUCUUUAUUACGUCGCUCCUUGCUGUUUUGUUUUUCUGUCCGUGCCUUGGAUCUUUGUGGAGCUUCCGGUUCUGAGAGAGGCUUCGAGUUUCCGUUUCGAUUUGGUCGUUUUUGGGACAAACUCGGUCUGCGCGUUUGCGUUGAACCUUGCUGUGUUUCUCCUCGUUGGGAAGACUUCUGCGUUGACUAUGAAUGUCGCUGGUGUGGUUAAGGACUGGCUAUUGAUCGCUUUCUCGUGGUCUGUGAUUAAGGAUACGGUCACGCCGUUGAAUCUUUUUGGGUACGGACUUGCGUUUUUGGGUGUUGGGUAUUACAAUCAUUGCAAGUUGAAGGCGUUGAAAGCCAAAGAUGCUCAGAAGAAGGUUCAGGCGAGUGAUGAAGAAGCUGGGAAGCUUUUGGAAGUGAGGGAAAGUGAACGUAACGAAACUAAAGAUUGAGAUUCUGAAUCUUGAUCUGGUUCAAAAAUGCUAUGUCAGGAAACAAGAGCUGAAGGGUUAAAGAAUGAUUUUUUUGAAAAGAGUUUUGUUUUUCAUAGGUAUGUUUAUUUGUUCGUCUGCGUUUAAGUUAUUACGUAGUUGAUUUGAUGGUACGCAUGGGGGUUUUAGAUGUUUUAUGAAUCUUUGGUAACUCGACUUUGUCUUCUCUUUGAGUUUAUUUAUCUUUGUUUUCUGUACUUUUACUCCUUUGUGGGUAAAAAAGACUUGUUGUACUAGUAACUACUUUAUAUU